AUGAAGCUCCUUACCAACAUCCUCGGUGUUGUCUUGUGCAGUGCCGUUGCCGGCACUGCACAGGCACCUGGCUUACAGCAAACUCCCGACAUCGAAGUUCCGAAAGCCCAGCCCAGUAUCGACGUACUCCGCGAGAAGUGGCUGCGGGAUCUCCUUGAUGCGGACAUUCGAUAUCCGUCUGCGGACCCAUACAAGCACUACGGACAAAUUUUGGAAGAUUUCGAGAAGCUGGAGAGAACGUUCACUCCGUAUACGACAGAUGAGAUGAAAGGACUGGGACGAAGGGGGAGUUCCGAAGAGGAUGUCAAACGAACUGCCCUACUACGAGAUGGAAAGCCGUUUGAGUCAACGCCAGCAAAUGAAGGCACAGACGCUCCAUCAUCCAGAGAUCUCCUUGGCGCGGACACUGAUUGGCCGUCUGCGGACGAGGACGAGGAUGAGUCAUAUGCGGAAUUUCUGAGCAGCAGUUGGGAAUAUGCUGAGAAUAUCCGUGCCUUGAGGGAUACUGACAGGAUGUAUGUGGUGGAAGCCCCGGAAAAGACGGGUGUAUCAUCAGAGGGUUCCAACCGCUAUUGGUUGUAUACGUACGACGGUCGCAGGUACGGGCCGUACGACAACAAAGCUCAGGUAGAGUUCGCACUUUGA